CAUGGCUAGGAUACACAGCUAGGAAAACGGAUUACUUAACGAUACAGUUAUUUUUCGUGGAUACAACAUAAUCAGUAAAGAACUGGAAAGUCUUAGCAUAUGGCAACCGAAGAAAUUACAAGGGAGGAUGCUCUGUCGCGCGUGGGUUACAGACAUGCUUGUCAUAUUAUGCUGUACGCUGAUACUACUGCCAAACUUUUCAGAAAAAUCCCAAUUAAGCACGUAGUGCUGAUGCAGAUGCGUUUUGAUGGUUUUUUUGGUUUUCCAGGAGGUCUUGUUAACCCCUUAGAGGAAACUUUGGAGGUGGGCCUUAGCAGAGAGCUUAAGGAAGAGGUGGGUGUGGCCAUCCCUGUUAGUGAGGAGGAUCACCUGUCCUCCUGUUUGCAUCAGUCACCCUCCCAUAUCAUCACUCACUUUUAUGCCAAGAAACUGGAAGAAUCUGAACUCCGAGAUAUAGAGAAGGCAGCAGUGGCCACUGCAGAUGAUCAUGGACUGGAGGUAAUGGGAAUGGUUAGAGUACCUCUCUACUUCCUGAAGGAUGGAGGAGGUCUUCCUCGUUUUUUGUCGCACUCGUUUAUCAGUAACUGUCGCUCCCAGCUGCUCUUUGCCCUGCGGCAUUUGGGACUGGUGUCUAAGGAAGAGCUGGAGAGAGCGAAGAAACAGGCAGACCGGCUAAGGCAUGCCACAAACUGCCAAUGAGAAGAAUUAUGGGUUAGGACUGACAUCAGAGCAAAACUAUCUCCACCAAGCGGUGACAGCAUGUGGAUUUUCCCUAAUAUAUCGGUGGACAGUAAAUGAUUGAUUAUCAGUUUACAAUUUAGGCUGACAUUGGACUGC